GACACUCUGUUAGUGUUCCACAGACGUUGUUCUCACGCCCUUGACGCAGAAAAUCAACGCUAUUGAAAUUCCCAAUUUUUAAAAAUGUCUAAUUUUUGCCUUCUACUUUCAAUUGUUUUAGCGUUGGCCUACAACUGCAACGCUUGGGAUGACGAAAAACUGUUAGGCAACCUCAGAGAGGCUCUAGCAACUCAUCGUUCGUACGCUAAUCCUUACGUGAUGGCCCGAUAUCCUUGGCGACGAUGGAGUCCUCUUCCCAACUAUCUGACCAACCGAAUUCCAUCCAUCAAUCCCGUUUUCAACAGCGCCCAUCUAUUUCGACAAGGCAAUGAGCUUGAAAAUCUUUUCCCUGGCCAUGACUUAGAUACAGGAUUGUCCAUCGAGUCGGACGAUAUCCAAGAUAUUGACACACGUCAACUACUGGGCGGUCAAGGUGAAAGCUGCAGAUCACCGACCACCAGAGAAAUGGGUAUUUGUUUGGACAGUGGAUCGUGCACAUUGGGUGGCGGUCGAGCCAGCGGAUCGUGCGCAACUGGCCUCGUCUGUUGCAUCAAUGUCAUCAACACUUGUGAUGACGGGUUUGCCAGACAGAUUGACACCAUCACUGUUAACAACACUUAUUGGCAAUCACCAGUCAGAACGAUCGCUCCUUCGUCCAGCUGCACGUUGACGGUGAAACUGGACGCGACGUUGCCUUCACAAGCAAAUCAGCCAAUCUGUCAAGUUCGGUUGGAUUUUGUUUUGUUUACAAUCUCGCAACCCGAUGCCGAAUCGGUUUGCAAUGGCGACUAUUUCGAAGUAUCCGGAGCCACCAAUACAGUCCCGACUAUUUGCGGAUUUAACAACGGGCAGCAUAUGUAUCUUCACGUUCCACCGGCACCUAACGAUGUUCAACUCACGUUCAACUUCGGACCAGAGGAAGGCGAAAGUCGUCAAUGGAAUAUUUUGAUCUCCAUGCUUCCCUGCAACUCUAGAAUUCUGGCACCACCCGAUUGCCUGCAAUACUUCACUACCCGUUCGGGCAGCGUCAGAACGUUCAAUUGGCGAGACGUUACUAGCAGAACUACAAGGCAGUUAGCCAAUCAAGAUUACAGCAUCUGUUUCCGUUCAGGACCGACUCAAAGACAGUUGUGUUUGACACCGUGCUCGGUGGUGACAACCCAGAAAGCCUUUAGCAUCAGCGUACCGAUUACAUUCCCAGCUACGGGAGCCGGAGUCGUUACUCCCGAUGUGAGCCAAUUUGGUUCGCUGAACUGUAACAACGAUUUCCUCGUCAUUCCCGGAGGUUUUAAUCUUGGAAAUCCCGCCGGCGUGCCUAACAUGGCGUUUGAUCGCUACUGCGGAGAAAGACUCAAUGCUCUCCCAGGAAACACAGCAUCAACCACCGUUUGCACUACGAUGACGCCGUUGAGAAUCUUCUACAGAACCAAUCGUGAUGAGACGGUAACUACACCUACCGCAGAUUCGACAACAAAUGGAAAUCGCGGAUUCUGCCUGAAUUUCCGCAUCCAGUAAACGAAAAUCGUUGCCGAAUUUACACCUUUUGGUGAUGGGCUUUUCAGCAAAUAGUAUUUGGGGAUAUUUUCGGUGCCGUUAUGUCUGAAAGAUAUGCAAUUACUCGCAAUCGCGAAGAAUACAAUUUAAUUGAUACUUA